AACUCCAGGGUCUGGGAAGGAAGCCAAUCCUUGGAAGAAGAGCCUCAUUUGGGGAAGAGGGAGCAAGAAAUAUCCGGGAGUUCGCAGACCUGUCCAUAAGUAGGCCAGGUUUGGGCUAACUUUGCCAGCCGCUCUUUAUGAAGUACAUUAUCAAAUGCUAUCCCGAAAUCCAGGGUCCCACCUACCUUGGAACUCUGGUGGGGGGUCCUCCAGUUCAGGUGCUGAUGAAUUCUAGCGAUGAGGAAGUCGCCCGGUUACGUCACGAGGAGCCCCAUGCAAAUGAGGACUGUCAUGCCAAGAAAGAUCUUCUGACAGAAGAUGACAUAUAUUGCUGCUCCCUCUCCAAGACUCUGUGCCACACCUCCACCCCUGUCACUGUGGGCUUCUACUCACCCUGUGGAACCCGUAUCCACUCGCUCCUGGAAAACAUUGCAGAAUGUAUGCACAAAGAAUCCUGCCGGAGGGAAGAAAACGAAUACCGGAGAACCCACCUAAGGCCACGGCGGCCAGAAGGAAUGAACUACCUCACUCUCCUGUGGUAUCUGGUUUUCUACGAGCCAGUCAUCACGGAGGUCCACCUCAGAAGGAAGAACAUUGACUUCCUUUUCAUCAGGUUCAGCGCCUGGCAGUAUGCCGGAAGUGACAAGCUCUGGGCAGGCCUGGUUACCACCCUGUGCGAUCACAUCCGUCAGCACUUUGGGCCUCUCCCGCUGAGCUUCUACCAUGUUGUGGGAAGCAGGCCGCGAUUUGCCUCAGGGUUCAGCCAGGAUGAGUGGAGGCUCAAAAAGAAAGUUGCCUUCACUGCCGGAGGACUUGUGGUCAUCUUGCUGGCAGGGGUGAGCCUGGCCACGGUUGUCCUACUUGUACCGGGGAUAAGAGACGGCAGCGCCUUGAAAGUCGUCAGUGCAGUCUUUGGCACCAUUUCCGGCUCAGGGGUGGUCCUAGCCCUCGCUCCAGUCAUUAAGCACCUGAUCAUUACUCAGAAGAAAAAGAUCGAGAGCAUGACCAACAACGAGAAAUUUACCAGUCACCUGGGCUUCAUGAGCGCCGUCAAGAGAGAGAUCGAACUUCUCACCAGCUUUGUGUAUUACAUGGAGAUAUUUGAGCGCCAGCGGCUGAGGAUUGUCUUUGAGAUCACCAGCUUGGACAUGUGCUACCCGGAAAGGGUGGUCGGAGUUCUGAACGCCAUCAACACGCUGCUUUCGGACACCAACGCCCCAUUCAUUUUCAUUCUGGUGGUAGACCCCUGCAUCAUCACCUCUUGCUUAGAGCAAUCGGGCAACAUGAAGGGUAUGGCUGACAAUGGCUACCUCUACCUCAACCGCACCGUGUCACUGCCUUUCUCCAUCCCGGAAAUCGGCAUCCGCUCCAAGAUGCGAUUUUUGCACGAGACCUUCCAAAACCGGGAAGACCUGAUGUACCGAAUCAUCACAAGGAACGUGGAACAGGGAGUCCGAAAGGCCAAAGGGAUGAACCCGGCCCUGGCAGAGAUGGAAGCAUCCAUGGAAAUGGAUCAACACCAGAUCGAUGCCCAAGCUGUGCAGUACAUCCACGAGGCUUUCCACUGCUUGCACAAUGAACAUGACUGCCUCUACCGGUAUGUCCCUGAGAGCAUCAUCCAGAUGAAGAGGAUUGUCAACACCAUCCCCAUCACUCUCCGGCUCAUGACCCAGCAGCACAGCCUCCGGCAUGACAUCUGCCCCAGGUCAGUGGCGGGCUGGGUGGUCUUGGCCAACCAGUGGCCGUGCCGCUUGAGCUGGAUCCUGCAGUGCACGGAGGACAGGCAGCAGUGCCAGCCGCCCGAGGACUUCAAUCAGCAGCUGCUGUGGGAAGUGUUUGUGGACAACUGCAGAGAGCUUUUUUCCAUGCACAAGGAUCUUCAAAACAUCAUGGCCCUGGACGGUGACCCCGAACUCUUUGAGCAGUUUUUGUCCCACGACUUCCCCUUCACCGUGCAGGAAGGAGCAAAGUACCUGAAAUACACAGUCAACCUGGACCAUUCCAUAAGGCAUCGGAUGGGGCAUCUAAGGGCUCUCACUAUGCUGGAGAAGAUGCACAAGAAGAAGGAAGCCGACUCGGACAAAACGGAUUAG